AAAAGAACGUCUUCAGUAUUGUCAAGACUUGGUUUAUCAGUUCAACGCUUUUUCACCCACAUAAAAUGACUGAAUCCAAAUCUGUCAUUCUUGACACCUCAAUGGGUUCCAUCCACAUUGAGCUAUAUUGGAACCAUGCCCCAAGAACUUGCAAGAACUUUUAUGAGCUAGCCAAACGUGGCUACUAUGACGGUGUCAGUUUCCACCGUAUUAUUGCAGAUUUCAUGAUACAAGGUGGCGAUCCCACAGGCACAGGUCGUGGCGGUUCAUCCAUCUAUGGUGAGAAGUUUGAAGAUGAAAUUCAUCCCGAACUCAAACACACAGGAGCGGGCAUCCUAAGUAUGGCCAACUCUGGUCCGAAUACAAAUGGUUCACAGUUUUUCAUCACUUUAGCGCCCACACCAUGGUUAGAUGGCAAACAUACAAUUUUUGGUAGAGUGAGCGACGGCAUGAAUGUUGUUAAAAGAAUGGGUUUAGUUAGAACAGACGGAAAUGAUCGGUAA